CUGCUGCCAGCCACCCUUCGCGCUCCGAUCAUCCGAAUUCUUACAACCCGAACAGUUCGGGGGCUUCCGCAAUGGAUCAGCCCAUGGAACUGCUCCGAGCUGCCGCUGACGAGGUCUCCACUUCGUCCACCAAGCAGCGUGUUCAAAUUUUCCGCGAGAAAUUGCCUCCUCUCCUUCAGAUCUCAGGUUUGACAUCUGAUAUUUCACCCAUAUUGGUUGAUAUCGUUUUCCAAACCUUGUUUACAUAUGAUGAUCGAGCAUCGAGAAAAUCCGUUGAUGAUUUCAUUGUUAAAGCGCUCAGUGAAAAUACCUUCAUGAGAGGGUUUGCGACGGCACUUUUGCAGGCCAUGGAAAAACAAUCAAAGAUUCAAUGUCAUGUUGGAUGCUAUAAACUUCUUAAGUGGUCAUGCCUUCUACUAAAAUGGAGUCAGUUCAUAUCUAUUUCAAAGGGUGGUUUUGUAAGGUUUGCAACUUCGCAGGCUGCCCUGUGCAAUAUCCUCAUGCAGGGAUCUUUCCAUAAGCGCAAAUCCUGCAAGGAUCUUUUCUUUAAUCUUUUUUCACAGUCAUCUGAUACAUACAAGGCCUACGUAGAGGAAUUAAAGAAUUCAAGAAUUUCCACAAAGGAUAGUACUCAUCUGAUAAAAUUGUUGCUUGAGCAUGCAAUUCAAAUUCCAUCAUUGUUUGAUGAAUUGAAGCAUGUGUUUCUUGAGAUAUUUAUUAGAUCAGUGUUAAACACAAAGGACAGACCACCUCAAGGGCUUUGUGAAGCUUUUCAACCUCUUUUCAUGCAUAUGGAGCAUGAAGAGUUCAAGACCGUAGUCCUCCCAUCAUCAAUUAAAGCUUUAAAGAGGAAUCCAGAGAUAGUACUGGAGUCUGUUGGAGUUCUAUUAAAAUUGAUCAAUCUUGACUUGAGCAAGUAUUUCAAGGAGCUUCUCUUGGUUGUCCUUCCACAGACCCGUCAUGUAGAUGAGGAAAGGAGAACUGUAGCAUUGUCCGUUGUAGGACUGUUAAGUGAAAAGUCUAGUGAUCCAGAUGCUCUACCUUCAAUGUUUGGUGCUAUAAAAGCAAUUAUAGGAGGUUCCGAGGGAAAACUCACGAAUCCUUAUCAGAGGACUGGAAUGAUAAAUGCUAUUGAAGAAUUAUCAAAAUCUCCUGCAGCAAAAUCACUAAGUAAAUUAGCACCUACAGUAUCAAGCUUUCUUAUGUCUUGUUACAAGGAAGAUGUAAGUGAGGAGGUGAAGCUGGCAGUUUUGUCAGCUCUGGCAUCAUGGGCAUCUAGAACUUCUGAAGCUGUCAAUCAAGAAGUCAUCUCUUUUAUUGCUUCAGGUCUAAAGGAGAAAGACAGUUUAAGAAAAGGCCACCUUAGAUGCUUGCGAGUUAUAUGCAAAAAGUCAGAUACAUUGACAAAAGUAUCAUGUCUACUUGAGCCUCUCACUCACUUAGUAAAAACUGGUUUCUCAAAAGCUACUCAAAGGUUAGAUGGAAUCUAUGCAUUAUUUUCACUAGCAAAAGUUGCCACUGUCGAUGCUAAAAUAGAUGAUUUUCUUCUUAAAGAAAAGCUUUGGGAAUUAAUCGCUCAAAAUGAUUCCUCAAUUAUGCCUACUUCUCUGGUAGCAAAACUGAUAAAUGAAGAUUGCAUUGCUUGUAUAGAUCUACUCGAGGUUCUGCUUGUAGAACAUUUUCAAAGGGGAAUGAUUCAGUGGUUUACUUUUUCUAGGGUCUCAGAGUCCUUGUCUAUUAGGUCCUUGUCACAGCUGCUAGUCUAUCUAAUUUGUCAUCCCAGUUGGGAUGUUCGGAAGGUUGCUUAUGAAGCUACCUGCAAAAUUAGCUCUUCUUCGGCAAUUUUGGUGGAAAAUCUUCUUCUUGAAUAUAGGUCGUGGUUGUCUUUAGUUACUGAGAAAAUUUCACAAUUGAAGCUUACUGACACAGAGAGUUGGCAUGAGGCACAAAUACCAAAUCUACCAUCCGUUGAAUUGUUGGUGAAAUGUUUGCUUCUUAUCGCACCUGCAGCUGUUUCCGGUUUCCGCGGUUCAUAUUCCCAGCUGAUAUUUUGCUCACAUCACCCUUGCAUUGCCAACAAUGGUAUACGUAACCAAGUAUGGAAGAGGCUUCAAAGGAAUUUGCAGAGACAUGGUUAUAACAUAGUGGAUAUUGUGGCUGUGAAUCUUGAGCCAAUAUGCAAGGAUUUGCUUGGGUCUACUGGACUCUUUAGUUCAAGCACACUAGAACAGCUUGCAGCCACACGUUCUCUAUCAACAUUAAUGACUAUAUCCCCAAAUGAUUUGUUCAUUGAAUUUGAAAAUCACUUUAGCAGUCUCCUAGAUCAUUCAUUACAUGAUAUGCUCACAGAAAAUGAUAUUAAGAUAUUUUAUACACCAGAAGGGCAAUUAUCUACUGAACAAGGAGUUUAUGUUGCUGAAACUAUUGCUGCUAAAAAUUCUAGGCAACCAAAAGGCCGUUUUAAGGUUUAUGGCGAACAAGAUGGAUUGGGGAAUGCACCAACUGACCUUUCAGUACAAAGAGAGACAAGUAAAAAGGAAUCCAUAAACACGGUGAAGAGAGACACAGGAAAGGGUAGCAAGAAGAAUGUUCAUGUGGAGAAGGCAAAGACUGCCAAGGAGGAAGCGAGGGAAUUGUUGCUGAAGGAGGAAACAGUUAUUCGUCACAGGGUUAAGCUUAUUCAGAAAAAUCUGUCAGUUAUGCUUAGGACUCUUGGUCAGAUGGCUAUUGCUAAUCCAAUAUUUACUCAUGGCCAGCUACCUACACUAGUGAAAUACGUUGAUCCGUUACUGCACUCAUCAAUUGUUGGAGAUGCAGCAUUUGAGACUAUGCUAAAUCUUGCUCACUGUCUAGCCCCACCUCUUUCUAUCUGGGCACACGAGAUAGCUGCUGCUUUGCGUUUAAUUUCUGCAAAAGAUGUACACGUAGUCUUGGAACUUACCCCAUCCGUUGAAGGUCAAGUUCCCAAACGCCCUUCAUUGGGUAUUUUUGAGCAAAUAGUUAAUGGCCUGUUAGUGUCAUGUAAAGAUGGACCGCUUCCAGCAGACUCCUUUACCUUUAUAUUUCCGGUAAUCGAGCAUAUUCUGCUUUCUCCUAAGAAGACUGCACUUCAUGAUGACUUACUACACAUACUAUCUAUGCAUUUGGAUCCUAUAUUGCCACUCCCUAGGCCACGGAUGCUCUUGGUUCUUUAUCAUGUCCUUGGUGUUAUUCCCGCUUAUCAGCCAUUAAUUGGGCCUAUGUUGAAUGAGUUAUGCCUAGGUAUCCAAGGUGAUGAAUUGGCCAAAGCCCUUUCUGGAGUUUAUGCUAAGGAUCUGCAUGUGCGACUUGCCUGCUUGACUGCUAUAAGAUGCAUUCCUUCUAUCCCCGGCCAUGUGCUUCGGGAUGAUGCUUUGGUCACGACAAGUAUUUGGAUUGCUUUGCAUGAUCCAGAGAAGGCAGUUACAGUACUUGCAGAGGAAGUUUGGGAUAAAUAUGGGUGUGAAUUAGGGAUUGAUUACUCUGGUAUUCUUGAUGGACUAUCACAUGUCAAUUACAAUGUACGGGUUGCUGCAGCAGAGGCAUUAGCUGCAGCUUUGGAUGAAAAUCCAGAUACAAUACAAGAUACACUUUCUACUUUGUUUUCCCUUUAUAUUCGAAAUUUUGGUAUCGGAAUCAAUAUGUCAGAUGCUUGCUGGAUAGGGAGACAGGGCAUUGCAUUGGCUCUUCACUCAGCCGCGGAUAUAUUUGGCACAAAAGAUCUUCCGGUUGUUAUGUCAUUUCUGAUAUCACGUGCUUUGGCAGAUCCUAAUAUGGAUGUCCGUGCAAGAAUGAUAAAUGCAGGCAUUAGGAUCAUUGACAAACAUGGAAAAGAGAAUGUUCCUUUACUUUUUCCUAUUUUUGAGAGUUAUUUGAAUAAGAAGGUAUCUGAUGAAGAAAAAUAUGAUCUUGUGAGGGAAGGUGUUGUGAUCUUCACUGGAGCUCUUGCGAAACAUUUAGCAAAGGAUGAUCCAAAAGUCCACAUUGUUGUAGAGAAAUUAUUGGACGUUCUAAACACUCCCUCAGAGGCCGUGCAACGAGCAGUCUCUGAUUGUUUAUCUCCAUUAAUGGCAUCUAAACAGGAGGACGGCCAGACACUUGCGUCUAAACUCAUAGAUCGAAUGAUGAAAAGUGAUAGAUAUGGAGAGCGUCGUGGUGCAGCCUUUGGUCUUGCUGGUGUAGCGAAAGGUUUUGGAAUAUCUUGCUUGAAAAAUUAUAGCAUUAUCACAGCCCUCCAUGAAGGCUUACAGGAUAGAAAUUCAGCUAAGUCUCGUGAAGGAGCUUUACUUGGAUUUGAGUGCCUUUGUGAAAAGCUUGGUAGAUUGUUUGAACCGUAUGUCAUUCAAAUGCUGCCAUUGCUUUUGGUUUCUUUUUCUGAUCAAGUAGCAGCAGUACGUGAAGCUGCUGAAUGUGCUGCUCGAGCAAUGAUGUCACGUCUUACUGGUUACGGAGUGAAGCUUAUUCUCCCUUCACUUCUUAAGGGGCUAGAAGAUAAAGCUUGGCGAACCAAGCAAAGUAGUGUGCAGCUUCUGGGUGCUAUGGCAUACUGUGCACCUGAGCAACUUUCUCAGUGUCUCCCGAAGAUUGUUCCCAAACUAACGGAGAUACUGACUGAUACACACCCCAAAGUACAGGAUGCUGGCCAAACUGCUCUACAGCAGGUUGGCAGCGUCAUUAAAAAUCCGGAAAUAUCUGCUCUUGUUCCCACCCUGUUGAUGGGUCUAACUGAUCCUAAUGAGCACACAAAGCAUUCCCUAGACAUUCUUCUUCAAACCACUUUCAUCAACUCAGUUGAUGCUGCAUCCUUGGCAUUAUUGGUACCUAUUGUUCAUAGAGGCUUAAGGGAGAGAAGUGCUGAGACAAAGAAAAAAGCUGCUCAGAUUGCUGGAAACAUGUGCUCCUUAGUGACUGAACCUAAGGAUAUGAUACCUUAUAUAGGAUUACUUCUUCCUGAAAUUAAAAAGGUGUUGGUUGAUCCUAUUCCAGAAGUUCGGUCAGUGGCAGCUAGGGCUCUUGGAUCUCUCAUCAAAGGAAUGGGCGAAGAGAAUUUUCCAAAUCUUGUUUCAUGGUUAUUGGAUACAUUGAAGUCUGAUAGCAGCAAUGUUGAGCGUUCUGGAGCAGCACAGGGUCUUAGUGAGGUUUUGGCUGCUCUUGGGAAGGAUUACUUUGAGCGCAUUCUUCCUGAUAUCAUCAGAAAUUGUUCUCACCAAAAGUCUUCUGUUCGUGAUGGGCAUUUGACACUUUUUAAGUAUUUGCCAAGAUCCCUGGGUGUCAUCUUUCAGAAUUAUUUACACGUGGUUCUACCUGCAAUUUUGGAUGGGCUUGCUGAUGAAAAUGAAUCUGUUCGUGAUGCUGCGCUGAGUGCUGGCCAUGUCUUUGUUGAGCAUUAUGCGACAACAUCUUUACCUUUGUUGCUGCCUGCUGUGGAGGAUGGCAUUUUUAGUGAUAAUUGGCGUUUACGACAAAGCUCUAUUGAACUCCUUGGCGAUCUUCUUUUCAAGGUUGCCGGAACCUCUGGAAAAGCAAUUCUUGAAGGUGGGAGUGAUGACGAAGGUGCAAGUACAGAGGCACAUGGUCGUGCAAUUAUUGAGGUACUUGGGCAUAAGAAGCGCAAUGAAGUUCUUGCUGCAAUUUAUAUGGUUCGUAGUGAUAUUAGCUUGACUGUACGUCAGGCUGCACUGCAUGUAUGGAAGACUAUCGUGGCAAAUACUCCCAAGACUCUCAAAGAAAUAAUGCCGGUCUUAAUGGAUACUCUGAUUUCUUCUCUCGCUUCAUCUUCAUUAGAAAGACGACAGGUUGCUGGAAGAGCACUUGGUGAACUUGUCCGGAAGCUUGGGGAGAGGGUUUUGCCUUCAAUUAUUCCAAUUUUAGCUCAAGGGCUUAAACACCCUGACAGUAGUAAAAGACAAGGUGUAUGCAUUGGUCUGAGUGAAGUUAUGGCGAAUGCUGGUAAACACCAAUUGCUGAACUUUAUGGAUGAACUUAUCCCUACAAUACGUACAGCUCUAUGCGAUAGCAUGCAAGAGGUUCGUGAAUCAGCUGGCUUGGCAUUUAGCACUCUUUACAAGAGUGCUGGAAUGCAAGCAAUUGAUGAAAUUGUUCCCACACUCCUUCGUGCAUUAGAGGGUGAUGAAACUUCUGAUACAGCACUUGAUGGACUCAAACAAAUAUUGAGUGUCAGGACUGCAGCUGUUUUGCCUCACAUCUUGCCUAAAUUAGUCCAGCUUCCCCUUUCUGCCUUCAAUGCUCAUGCUUUGGGAGCUUUGGCUGAAGUUGCUGGCUCUGGUCUUAAUUCACAUAUUGGAAUGAUCCUCCCACCAUUAAUUAUGGCAAUGGGUGAUGAUAAUGUGGAAGUUCAAACUUCUGCAAAGAAGGCUGCAGAAACAGUGGUUCUUGUCAUUGAUGAGGAAGGCAUUGACUCCUUGAUAUCAGAGCUUCUUAAAGGAGUAGCUGAUAACCAGGCUUUGAUGAGAAGAGGUUCUUCAUACUUGAUAGGCUAUUUUUACAAAAAUAGCAAGUUAUAUUUGGAGGAUGAAGCAUCCAAUAUUAUAUACACACUUGUUACUUUGCUAAGUGAUUUUGAUUCAGCUACUGUCAUGGCUGCUUGGGAAGCUUUAGGAAGGGUUGUCGGAUCACUCCAAAAGGAUGUCCUUUCUUCGUUCAUUAAAGUUGUCCGAGAUGCUCUCUCUACUGCUCGAGAUAAAGAGCGAAGAAAAAGAAAGGGAGGACCAGUUCUUAUUCCUGGACUUUGCAUUCCUAAAGCACUUCAGCCUCUGUUGCCUAUAUUCCUUCAGGGGCUAAUUAAUGGAUCAGUUGAAAUGCGAGAACAAGCUGCUUUGGGGUUAGGCGAGUUGAUUGCUCUCACAAGUGAGCAGACACUGAAGGAGUUUGUUGUUCCUGUAACUGGGCCACUUAUACGAAUUGUUGGAGAUCGAUUUACUUGGCAAGUCAAAGCUGCUAUAUUGUCAACUCUGUCUAUCAUUAUUAGUAAAGGGGGGAUUGCUCUUAAACCUUUUCUUCCACAACUUCAAACUACAUUCAUAAAAUGCUUGCAAGACAAUGCAAGGACCGUACGUUCAAGUUCUGCACUUGCCUUAGGAAAACUUAGUGCCCUGAGCACACGAGUAGAUCCUCUAGUUAAUGACCUUCUAUCCACUCUCCAGUCAUCGGAUGGUGGCAUCAAGGAAGCUGUUCUCACUGCACUUAAAGGUGUUAUUAAGCAUGCUGGAAAAAGUGUGAGUGGUGCAAUCAGGCUUCGAGCUUCCUCUUUAUUGAGAGCCAUGUUGCAACUUGACGAUGAUGAGGUGCGAAGUUCUGCAGCAAAAGUCAUGGGAAUUAUGUCUCAGUACAUGGAAGAUAAUGAGUUCCAGGGUCUGCUACAAGUACUUAUGGAUUUGACUGAAUCUGCAACCUGGUUUGUUAGACAUGGAUCUUUUCUCACAUUAUCUUCCAUCUCUUUGCACAAUCCAUCCACACUGCACCGAAGUCUGCUCUUUCCAUCUUUUAUAGAUACUCUCAAAGAUGCCUUGAAAGAUGAUAAGUUCCCAAUUCGUGAAACUGCAACCAAGACAAUUGGAAGAUUACUCUGUUUUCAAGUUGGAAAGGAAGGAAACGUAUGUUCACAGCUCAUGCAGUCACUUAUCUUAGCUUCUCGAGAUGACUCGAGUGAGGUCAGAAGAAGAGCACUCUCUGGUAUAAAGGCCUAUGCAAAGGUAAAUCCUACGGCGGUUACCGCAAGUCUUUCGAUUUUAGGCCCAGCUAUUGCAGACAGUUUAAAGGAUGGGAGUGGCCCAGUGAGACUUGCUGCUGAGCGUUGUGCUCUGCAUGUUUUUCAGUUAACAAAAGGUGGAGACCUCCAAUCUACACAGGGAUACAUGACCGGAUUAGAUGCUAGGAGAAUUUCAAAGCUUUCUGAAAACAGUGACGAUAGUGAGAACAGUGAAGAUGAGUCUGCGAAGACUUGAGAUGGCUUCAAUUUUUUGGCAUUCAUUAGAAGAGUUGUGCAGUCUUUCGAGGUCAACGUAUUCUGCAGACUCUUUGCAUCUAAAACACAGAAGUUAUUGAAAUGCCAUGUCACAUUUUCUUUGUGAUAUGUUGUCUAGUUCUACAUUUUUGCAGCCAUAGAAAUAUUUUACAAAUGUAGGCAGGCAUGUGGCAAUUUUGUUUGUUCUGAGAUACCGGCAUCCUCUACCAUGUGCAUUGCUAUUUAAUAGUUGUAUAUAUUUUAGCUACCUGUUAUACUUGUUAACAUAAAUCUUGUUAAUUAUUUUUUUUUAAAAAAAAAAUUGUUUAAUGAAA